AUGCUAAAGGGACACAUUUAUGAAACGAGACUGGUACGAUCCGGGUAUGCGGAGUGCUUGUUUAUAUGCAGAGAGGAAAAAGUCUGUCAAAGCUUCAACUUUGUGGUCAAUGAAAGCAGGUGUGAGUUCAAUAAUCGCACAAAGGAAGCCUGCAGCCCCGAGGAUUUUGUUUCCGACCCUGUUCGUCUUUAUGUCAAACUAGACGUCAGUAGAGGUAAAGAAUUUUGAAACUUUUUUAAAUCGUAUACAUCCGCUUGUUAGGCGCUUAUCUCCUCGAAACCUCUUCGUUUCACUCUCAGAUAGAUAUUUUUUAGUUAUUUUUUCUUCUGUAAAAGAGCUAUAUCACAAGGAAAUUGCUGUAUUAAGUCAAUUCUGUGCUGAAGUCAUUACUUAGCGCCUUCACCCUUACACAAAAUGCUCCAUUAGAUUAACGAAGAAGAUAUCAAACAAAUUUCAUCACCACAAUAACUUUUUUCAUGAUUUUUGCAGACACAGUAUUACAAUUUGAAAUGUGGGCCCACUUUUUUCAGUUCAGUUCAAUUCAUGUUUAUCCUUGCCAUCAGUAGCAACGGACUGCAGGAAACAGUUGCAAUGCCUAAAUACACUCUUAAGUAACAAAACUGGACCAUAAUUUUCGGAACUCAAUUGGUCCGAGGAUAAGUCGUAGGAUUUUAUAACGAUGGCAAAUAGCGUGACGUAACUUCUUUUAAUACGUUCUGUUUUGGUGCUAAAAAUGAGUGAGUUCAUAUAGGAAGGUGAUAAUUUGUCACACAAAGUCACACUGAAGAAAUUGAUGGGAGAAGAUAACUUGUAGACAAAAUAAAACCCAAAUUAACAAAUGAAUGAAGAAGCGUUGACUGUACUCUGUUCUGCUGUAAAGCACACUUAAAGUGUCUACAGUAUGAAAGAAGUGUAUAGAGGAAAACACGAGACGCCUAGUCCAGUGUUUCUCCCUACUUCUUGAGUGUUCUAGCCGCUUCCCGCCUGCUUUACAACAGAACAGAGCAUAGUCAAGGCUUCUUUAUUUGUUUUAUGAUAAAGAAUCUAUUAAAUUCCCCACGCAUUGCUUUCUAAUUUUCAAACAAACUAUAUUUUCAAAGCGAACCAGAUUGUCGUCAGAAUGUUCUGCACUCUCGUUGUAAAACUCCCUUUAUAAGCCUAUCACAAUCCUUUUAGAAUGGGCCAAAUGACAUAAAAUGAUUUGAUUGGUUGAAUAAGACAAACGCUGUCAAAGCUGUCAAAACAUCAAAGCUAUCACAAAGUGAAACGAGCAAAUAUAUCGUUCUGUGAAUUUGAAUGCAGAAGAAAUGUACUCUUUAUGUCCAAAAAUGAGUUUCUAAUAAUAAUAAUGAUAACCUCAUUUUAGUGUCAAUGUAUUUAAUUAAUAUAUAAUUGGGGACACUUUCCCAACUACUAGCUCUAAUGUUAUCGGCAUACAAAUUCACGAACGACCAGUAGCCUUGUAUUGGGUAGGUGAAUUUUAGGGAAUUUUGAACGCUUUUUCCGCGAAAGUACAUGUAAAACUGAAACAAAGUAUGAGUAGACAGCUGCCUUCGCUUUAACUUCAUAAAAAUACCUGUAGACAAUAGACAUUAAAAGAACUGAACCAAAUAACCGAAUUUUAUUUGUUUAUAACUAUAACAACAUGAACAUUGAUCUGUUAGUUGCAAAGGAUCAAAUUUUCAAACGGGUUGUUUUUCAAUUCUAGUUCCCCUUGGUUCUAUUUCUGAACUGCCAGCGACAUCAUGCCACGAAAUAAACGAAAACGAAGGUAAAAAAAUGGACAGCCGCAAAUAUUGGAUGUCCUUAAGUGGAACAAUUGUUCAAGUUUACUGCAAUAUGAGUACCGUUCCGGAAGGUAAGUUCAAUCCUUCCAUCAGUAUUAUUAUCGUUUGACGAACAUCACAAUAAUGCCAGUUGAGGUAUAACUUUCUGGGACCGCAGCCUUACAAGAGGUCUAGGGUCACCAAUGCAACUGCCACAGGACUUUCGCAAAGACCGUUCUAAGAAUGUGAGCUCGGUUCCAAUCAGAGUUGCUUUCUGAAUCGUGUUUAUUGUUGCUGCUUUUAUUUUUAUCAUUAUCAUUCUUCUUGUUCUCUUCUUGUUCUUCUGUUGAAGUAUAAAUCUACACUUUUAAUCCUCUAGAGUUGCUCCUUUCUGAUUUAGCAUAAAUAAUUGUAUCAAUAUAGCAAGAAAGGUUCUGAACUUAUUCCAUUCUCCCCUUCAACCAGAAGACGUUAGACGAAUGCUGAACCCGUUUCCAUCUUUGACGGAGUCAUAGCCGUCAAUCUCCUGAAAAUUACCUGCUGGUGGCAUUAAGAUAUUCGAUGUUAUGGUCAGAAGAUGACUUGGUGUUAAAAAAUCCAGAUUUCCAUCCAGGCUCACUUGAUGGGACCGUAAGCCGCCGGGGUCUCCACCUACAGUCUUCUUGAGUCACCGGUUGCUCUUCGUAAGGUGAAAUUCGAACAGCUCGGCAAGUACACUGCGCGUUCCGUUCACCUGUUCGGCGCAGUCCUUAUUAACUCCUUAAGAUAUUGAAGUCCCGUUCAGACCAAUAGAGAAAGCGAAAGAUGUUUCGCUGGCCCUCAGGCAACAGGACUUGAUAGAAUAUUAUAUUGAUGUCAUCCAUAAAUGUGACUGGUUCUUGGCGAAACUGGUAAGAACAACCACAAGAAGUUGAUUCGUCAGUUCUGGUCCUUGUAGCAACUUGUCUAUGCAUUAUUGUUCAGCGAUAUACCUCCAAAUCUGGCCCUACAGUCGAACACCACCCUUACCUUGUUUGGCUUCUUGGCAUGGUAAAUGCCAUGAUGGGGUAUAAU